UAGCAUAGCUUUAAGUCCAGCUCACCGGCGACACGGUUUUAUUAUAUCUUCUUUUGAAUUUGAGUUAAGGCGAUAUCGGUGUAAUAAUGAUCAGGAAGCUGCUCAUUGCACAGACUAUGUUCAUUUUGGCUGCCGUCGGACAACCUGCAUGUCGUCCCUCUCAGCCUGUCGAGGCCGUGGAGGGAGGAUCUGCAACUGUUCAGUGUCGUCUGGUCAACCACACCGACCUGUCCUCUACAACAGUGGAAUGGAAUAGAGGGCUCACCCGCCAAGUUCAUGUUUAUCGAAGUCAACGCGACGACCCAGAUUCCCAGAUGCUUGAGUACAGAGACAGAACCACUCUGAAUCAUGUAGACCUGACCAGAGGAGUCGUGACUCUGACCAUCUCCAACGUAUCUCUGUCUAACAAUGGAUCUUAUGAAGUCUAUCUCCCACAGCUGGAGGUCAGAUGUUCGACUCUCCUCACCGUCGGACAACAUCUUGUAUUUCGUCCCUCUCAGCCUGUAGAGGCCGUGGAGGGAAGAAAUGCAACUCUUCAGUGUCGUCUGGUCAACCACACCGACGUGUCCAAGUACACAGUGCAAUGGAAUAGAGGGAACGGUUACGUUCAUUUUUAUCGAGGUCAACACGACGACCCUGAUUCCCAGAUGCUUCAGUACAGAAACAGAACCACUCUGAAUCAUGGAGACCUGACCAGAGGAGUCCUGACUCUGACCAUCUCCAACGUAUCUCUGUCUGACAAUGGAUCUUAUGAAGUCUUUAUCUCAGAAACGGGGCCAAGAUGUUCGACUCACCUCACCGUCGCUGCAGAGAAGAGGAUCCAUGUCUGGAAAAUUGUCCUCUGUGUCCUAAUUCCUUCUGCUGUCGUUGCUCUCGUUGUCGUUGUCGUUUGGAUUCUGGUGGAACGUAGAGUGAUCCGGAUCAGUAAGAAAGGAGGAGAUCCGGGGGUGGAUGGUGAGGAACUGAAGGAGCUGAGGACCGGUGCCGCAGAGGGCGGUGAAGAUCAACAGAAAGAGGGGUCAGAGGUCAAAGACCACGACAAUGAACCCAAAGAGCCCUCAGACGAAGUUUAAAAAGCUAGGGCUGGGCAAUAUAUCUAUAUAAGCGUCUUUGGGUUCGAGAAAAGUGCUAUAAAA